AUGGCUAUUGCACGACCCAUACGCAUGCUGGGUGCAGCAUGCAUCCUGAUUACGCUGUUUCUGGUCUUCCAGAUCAACAAGGGCACGCCCGGAAUCAUCCCCAGCACUCAGGGGCCGUCGGUGCCGUACGAGGGGAUGAACCGAAAGGAUGAGCCGCUGCUGGAUCCGACCGGCGAACCGGAGGGUCAUUUGUGGCGAGCUGAUGGGAACGACUACGCCCCCGACAGCGAGAAGUCUGCCCGCACCAAUGCGGCGCUCAUCUCGCUCGUGCGCAACGAAGAACUCCAUGAGCUGAUCCCGACUAUGAAGGAUCUGGAGCGAACCUGGAAUAGCAAGUUCAAUUAUCCGUGGAUCUUCUUCAACGAUAAGCCCUUCACCGAAGAGUUCAAGCGCCAAACGCAGGCCGUAACGAAGGCCAAGUGCCAAUAUGAGAUCGUGCCGAAGGAACAUUGGGAUAUGCCCGAGUGGAUCAAUAUGGACAUCUUCAGGGAAUCGGCGGAGAUGUUGAAGGAGCAGAAUAUCCAGUACAGCGACAAGCUGUCCUACCAUCAGAUGUGCCGGUGGAACAGUGGCAUGUUCUAUAAGCAUCCCGCUCUGAAGGAUUACCGCUACUACUGGCGCGUGGAGCCCAAGGUCAAAUUCUUCUGCGACGUGGAUUACGACGUUUUCCGCUUCAUGGAAGACCGCAACAUGACCUAUGGUUUUACCAUCAACCUGUUCGAUGCCCCGCAGACUAUUUCGACGCUGUGGCCCGAGACGAAGAAGUUCCUCGCCGUGAACCCCUCUUACGUUCACGAGAACAACAUGAUGGACUGGCUCACGGACGACAAGCUGCGGCCCGAGCACACCGAGGCAGCGAACGGAUAUUCCACCUGCCACUUCUGGUCCAACUUCGAGAUCGGUGACCUGACAUUCUUCCGUAGCCAGCAGUACGAAGACUAUUUCAAUCACUUGGAUCGCGCCGGCGGCUUCUUCUACGAGAGAUGGGGCGAUGCGCCUGUUCAUUCCAUCGCCCUGGGACUGUUCGCAGACAAGUCCAAGGUUCACUGGUUCCGUGACAUCGGCUACAACCACAUCCCGUACCUCAACUGCCCCAACUCGCCCAAGUGCCAUGGCUGCACACCGGGCAAGUUCUACGCCGGCGAGCCCUGGCUCGCCAAGGAAGACUGCCGACCGAAUUACUUCAAAUUCGUGGGCACCCACUAGCCUCAGGUUUCUCUGCAUUGCAUUCUUCACAUGAUCCUCUAGGCAGUAGAGACUGGUUAGGUUUUAUAACUAGCUCAUCUAUGAUGCACUCCUAUUCACUCGACAUACCCAUAUUGCACGAUAAUCUUAAAGAUGCCUUUCAUAUAUAUCUAGAGGCAGUGGUGGCGUUCAGGAUGGUUAUAGUUUUUUCUUCUUUCUUAUUAUUUGGAUUUAAAUAUUCACUGUGACAAAUUAUUGAUACUUGUGCUGUUGUCUUUAUUGUUUCAUAAUUUAAGACUGGCACGAUGCUAUUUCAAUCAACAAUGCUAAGCGUAUUGAAAUAUCUGUAUUAAAUCAUUCUCACCAAUUCUCCACCUAAAAUACCUUAUAAUCUAGUCCUGUCUGAUGAUUAAAUAGU